UUCAAAUCCCCCAAAUCCCUUAUUUCCAAUUUCGUUUUCCCUCUUUCACCAUUCCUCUUCCCCCCACCGGAGAUAUCACUCCGCCGUGGCUCAGCCUCUGCCGGUGCCGUCGAUUCACUCUUAAUGCUAUCGAGGGCAAUAGAUGAUUCGAAUGUUUAGGUUGAUAGGUUUUUGAACAAUUUGUUUUGGUUGUAUUUGCUAAGUUGAAGUGGAAGAAGAUGGCUGCGAAGGUUGCUGCUGCGGGUAUGGUACAUCAAUCAAAUGCACUUAAUUUUGGUGGUGGUGGUGGUGGUAGUUCUAAGGUCACUACUACCACAUUGAAACGAAAAACUCCAUCGGAGUUGCGGGGAGAACAAUUGAAGAAAAAGAAUAUUGUGGAGCUUGUGGAUGAAUCAACAGUCCCUAAUGGUGUCCCAAUGAGUGGUCUUUUCCCAGGGCCCAAGAGAUGCGAUGUAUCGAAGAACCCAAGAUAUGUCGAUACUCGUGUGGACGAGCUAUUUCCUGCCAGAAAAAGUAGCAUCAGGCUUAAAUUGGUUUCAAGAAAAGAAAAUGGCAAGGAAAAUUUUCAAGAAGAGAAUAGUGGUAAUACUAAAAAUUGUUCUAUUCCUUCAGCUUUCCCUGCUGAGAAUCAACAGCGAUCUAAAUGCCCAAAAUUCUCUCUUGCUUCAAGUGUAACUGGAAAAGAUCAUGCUACCGAAACUUGUAGCACAAGUGAAAGGUGCAGUGAGAAUACUUUCCGCAGUGUCACUGAGCUGUCACUGGGUAGUGUAGAUGUACAUGGCUUGUCUACUGUUGAUAUGGAUAAAGCCUUAAGAGGACUGGCUACUCAUGAGCAUCUAGGUGCUGCUGCUAAAAUUGCUGAAUCCUUUGAAACUGAUGGUGGUAUUAGGUCAAAAAAUUUCUGCCCAGAAUUCCAUGUCCCAUGCAAGAUGACCCCAUUGGAUUUGACGAUGAAAACUAACAUACGAGUUGUAUCCUCAUCUUCCAUCAAUUGGUUUCAUAGGUUGAUCAAUUGUGGCGCUAACAAUGUGGUGGCGAGGUCCUCAGUUAAUUGUUUCACGAAACUAAAGAUGACCAGUUUAUCUGAAGUGACUUCUGUUUCCCAAGCGAUUAAUCCAAUGUCAUUGCAUUCCUGGAUGUAUCCUCAGUCUCCUCUACCGCCUUCAGUUAUAUCAGCUUUAACCUUGUCUGCUUCAGUGGGAGGGCAACUGGACUUUUUAAGUGAAAGGCAGCUAGCAUGGCAGGAUUCGUUUCGAAGUUUAUAUUACAUGCUUCGGAAGAAUGUUUGCAGCAUCUUCUACGUUUGCACUGCUCAGUUUGUGAUCAUGUUCACCAGUUCUUAUUCAGAGGAGAACAAAUAUGUUUGUAAUGCAUAUAUUUCUCAGUCAACCCGGGGUUUGAGGUCAUUACUCAAAGAACAUGAUGUUUCUUAUUCUAUGCCGCUUUGCCACUCAAAGUUGGAGGAGCUUAAUACAGAAGAACUGGUUGAGCUUUCAGAGAUUGAGAAACAAAAUCUGGGCCAGACUAGGCGUCGGAGUGCAAUGUCCGAUGUGGAUAAUAGGCCAGAUUCUUUGCUGGCAUUCACUGGAAAUAAGACUGUUCAUUCUUUAUAUGACUUUCUGUUGAAUUAUCGAUAUUUCUUGACUUCUCUAACUGGUGUGGAUGUCCCUGAAUUGUAUUCACCUGUCCCAUUUGAGAAUGCUGCACUCACUGCUCCUGAGGUCAAAUGCAAGGAGGUCAGGAGAAUUGAUCAGGCAGCUUUUCAAGGAAUGGAGUCAAAUGUGACUUGUGAGCCUAAUCAACAACCAUCUUCUGGGAUGUGCUAUAGUGUUGAAAUUAAGGGCCGAUACCUUGCCCCAUGGGUAACCUCUGCUAUAUGUGAUGCUUUCAGCUCUAACAGCACAAGUUUUGAGGCUAGUUUUAUCACAGAGCCAGCUUCGGUUAACUUGAAUGCCAGUCUCGGCAUUACUGGGAAAUAUUCUGAUCCUCAAGUUUCAGCAACUGAAGCCUUGGACAAGGAUAACCUUUGUUUCGGUAUCCCAAAUACCAAAUCUUGUUCCCAGAUGAAUUCAGGUUUCUUAAAGGGGUUGAAGUACAAUGGUGGUUCUUACACUGCUUUUCUUUCACCGGUUUGACACCCCCCGUCUGCAACACAUUCUGGGUAAAUUAUAAACUAUCAUCUGUUUUUUGCUGCAAUACAUCUUUACCGUUGUAAAAAUUGUUCGUGUUUCAACAACCUUAUGUCAAAUUCCUGUUGUAAAAUUGUUCAGUAAUCGUUCGAGCAUUAUAGCUGUGCAGGAUUUGCAAAAUGUUGAUGAUCAAUACUUUUGAUUUCUGGUGUAUGGGGUUUUUGCUGUACUGAAAUACAUUGCACUUGAUUGAGCUUAUUAUGCUGUCAUAAAUCUGCAGAUUUUGCUCUAAG